AAAUGAACUUGAUGUUUGUUGCGAAUCGGCCUUCGCCAUUAUGAACAAAUUGAAAGGCUAUUAUUGAUAAUGGCAUAUAUUGUAUAGAUCGGAAAGGUAUAUUUUUGGAUAGGGUUUGUUUCAUAUAGCAGCUGCGCUUAGCAUCAAGUAAAGGGACCGUAGACAUGGUCGAUGGACUAAUGUGUUAGCUAUCAUGCAUUCUUUCCCUCAGUGGCACGUGAUCUGAUUUUAUUUUGAAAACAAACGACUGUGGAAGUGAGUGUUCUGCGGGAUUUUUGUCUUAUAACUCUCAUCCGGGAGUGCAAUUAUGGGUACCGGUACAAGCAGGGGAGGGAGAGGCAGUGCAAGAGGGGGAAUGGGAGGAGGAGGAGGAGGAGAAGUGAGGAGUGAAGGAAGAACUGACAGUGUCCGAGGAGUAAGAGGGCCAGGAGGGCGUUCCACCGAUGAUCUUUUUUCAGAGUGGCUUCGCAAUUGGAUAAACAGUCUCCCACCGCCAGAGGAGCUUGAGGAGGAGGACGAUGGUGACGAAGACCCUAAUGAUCCUGUACCAGGAGGAGGAGACGAUGCCGCAGCAGGAGCCGGUGGAUCAGGAGUACCAACUGAUGGAGGUAAUUCUAGCGGAGAACAUCCCCCCGCACAUCGGAUAUCAUCCCUCAAGGUCACCGAUGUCGAUCUCAAUCGUAAUUCCAAUGGCCCCAUGCAUCACACGGAUGAGUACGAAAAUGACGAAUCUAUAGGCGUCAUCUUACGACGCGGUCAGGAGUUUCAAAUCGACCUCCAUCUCAACAGGCCUUUCAAGCCAAAGAAGGAACGGCUGUUCCUUCAAUUUACCGUUGCAAGUGUCAAGAACCCCCGGCCAAUGAAUGGCACUCUUAUCGAUUUAGACAUCGAAGGUACAUACAAAGAGGGCAGCUGGAGCGCGAAACUGGAGUCAGCAGAAGGCAACUCCAUCAAGGUCAUGGUGAACAGCGCCCCCAAUUCCAUUGUCGGAGCAUACAAGUUCUUUGUCAAGGUGGAAAGUCGUGCGAGUGGAAUCGAGAGGUUAUUCCCUCAAGAUAAGAACAUCAUAGUUCUCUUCAACCCUUGGUGCGAAAAGGAUACAGUGUAUAUGGAAAGCGGGGCCGAGCGAGAAGAAUACGUCAUGGCAGACACCGGGGCGAUUUGGAGGGGCAGUGCGUUUAGCAACCGACCAACGCCUUGGACGUUUGGACAAUUUGACAGGGACGUCUAUCGGGUGGUCCUUGAGCUCAUGGAGGAGGAGAUACGACUUCCCCAAGACAGAGAAAGCGCGGUCAGGGUGUCAAGAUGGUUCACCAAUAUCAUCUAUGCGAAAGUCCUAGUAGGAAACUGGAGUGGCAAUUACGAAGAUGGUACGCGUCCAACUAGAUGGACAGGCAGUGUAAGGAUAAUUGAAGAGUAUGGAAACACCAAAGAACCCGUUAAAUAUGGCCAAUGCUGGGUUUUCUCAGGCCUCCUCACCACGUUCCUCCGCUGCGUUGGGAUACCAACCCGUAGCGUCACCAACUUUGACUCGGCCCAUGACACCGAGAGGAACAUGACGAUAGACGAGUACGUGGACAGCAACAGGACGUCGCUGAAAGAUGAAUUUUUCUACGGUCGGAGAGGAAGCGAUGGCUUAAGGACAGGAAGGGACUCUAUCUGGAAUUUCCACGUUUGGAACGAAUCAUGGAUGACGAGAAAAGACCUGCGUGGGCUGGACGAUGACUUUGACGGCUGGCAAGUCGUCGAUUCAACUCCACAAGAGAUGAGUGGUGGUAUGUACCAGUGCGGUCCGGCACCAGUAAAGGCUAUCAAACGGGGAAUCGUGGACAUUCCAUAUGAUUCAGGAUUCGUUUUCGCUGAGGUGAAUGCAGACGAGGCAAGAUGGCUCGUGACCCCGUACCGGACUCAUCGGCACUCAUUGAUGUACACGCUACUGUCACGUCACAGAAAUACCGUGGGGAAAAAGAUUAGUACGUUGAAAGUUGGAUCUGAUGAGAGAAAUGACAUCACACUGGACUACAAAUUUCCAGAAGGCUCCCCGGAGGAACGCGCUGCGGUUGAAAGAGCGGUCAGUAUGGGGAUCAACCGCGGUCUUUACGACGCAGACGACAAGCCCGAGCUUGUAUCAUUGGCUAUCGAAUGCAAGGAUGACCUGUGGAUCGGAAAGUCCGCCAGUAUCCAGAUUGAAACGAAAAAUGAGUUUGACUAUCCAAAGGAGAUUGAGCUUGAUAUAAAGAUCAGAAGUAUUCUCUAUACAGGUUUGCCGAAGGACAUUAUCAAAAAAGAUGAAAUGAAAUUUAUCGUUAAUGACAAGGAAAGCAUAAGCCAGUCAAUUCAUCUCACAUACGACGAGGAUUAUGGGGACAAGCUUGAUGAUGAAGGAAUGUUUCAAGUCAGAGCAAUCGCGACUGUCAAGGGCAGCAAAACUCCAGUCAUCUGUAAGGAGAUUUUCAGGUUCAAGCAGCCUGACCUCGAGGUCAAAGGUGACGUCAAAGGGAAGGAGGUCAAACUGACGGUUAAGUUCAAGAAUCCGCUGAAUAAACGCCUGACCGGUUGUACGUUUACCGUCGAAGCACCAAAGCUCGUCAGACCUUUCAGUGUCAACACAGAGGAUAUUGAACCUAACGAGAUGAUCGAGAGGGAAAUCCGAUUCACAUCGAGAUCGUCUGGACGUAAGACCGUGAUCGUCGAGCUCGAUACAAACCUCAUCAAGGACGUCACUGGCUCGGUCAAAGUAGAAGUCUAGAUCUUUAAUCAACAUCAAUGAUCACGAAUGUCACUUUGGGACAUGUUACACAGCUAAGACUUUGAUGUCGAUUGACGUACUGGGAGGGCCACAUCAGUCAUUUUAUUUUGGUGUUCUGGGCUCCGUAACACAAAGAUUAGCGAUUAAUCGCUAAUUUGAAAGAACAAUUCUGAUUGGUUCCUAUCAGUC